UGUAUGAAUCGCACCGCUCCCUAUCGGCCAUUUUAUCACCAUUGCAAAGACUUGUUUAUUUUCAAGCUUAUUCAAACAUUUUUUCGUCAAACUCGUAAGACAUAAUGUUCUUUGCGUAACGGAAGCAACAAAUAUAACACUUGUGCCUAAAUCACUUUUUCAGCAAAAUGACUUUUAUGUCCGUUGCUCAUUACCUACAACUUGUGGAAAGGUAUUGGCGGUCUCAGGACGGUGCAAAAGUGGCCAGUUUUCUGUCUCUUCGCCACGAACAUGCAGGUUAUGCCAAUUACCACAUUGAGAGUCCUGAGGGAAUAGUUGAGCGUUUUUUGACCGCCCCUAUCGACGAAUUAGUGAUUUUGCACCUAAAAUGCCUGUUUGCCAUAAGCCAGAGUGACUAUCUAUCGGCUUAUAACAUUCAGAGCAAUUUGACGCAAACUUUCACUAAGAUCUUGCAAUCGCAAAAGGAGGAGAAUUGGUCUUUGCCUAUUAUGUAUGUCUUGUGCUUAGACUUGCGUCUUUUGGCGCAAUUAGCCGAGAAUCAGAGGAGCGGAAUUAAUGAGAAGCCCGGCGAAAUGCUCGAGAAGGCAGCAGAAUGCUUGAUGGGUUGUUUCAGGGUGUGUGCUGCUGAUAAUAGGUCAGCAGAGGAGGAUACAAAGAGGAUAGGGAUGUUGGCUUUGGUGAAUCAAUUGUUUAAGGUUUAUUUUCGGAUAAAUAAGCUACAUUUGUGCAAGCCCUUAAUCAGAGCGAUUGAGUCAUCACCGUUUAAAGAGAGUUUUUCUCUGAGCCAACAAAUCACAUAUCGGUAUUUUGUGGGGCGCAAGGCUAUGUUUGAUAGCGAUUAUAAAGUCGCCGAUGAGUAUUUAACUUAUGCUUUUGAAAAUUGUCACAAGCUCAGUAAGAAGAACAAAACGCUUAUAUUGAUUUACUUAGUUCCUGUGAAAAUGUUGUUGGGGUAUAUCCCAAGCAAGGAGGUUCUGGAGAAGUAUGACGUCAUCCAGUUGUGGGAUUUAGUACAAGCUGUAUGUCAGGGUAAUCUCAAAGCGUUUGACGAGAUUAUGGAAAAGCACGAAACCUUUUUCAUCAAGUGUGGAAUAUAUCUGAUUGUUGAUAAACUGAAAAUCAUAGCAUAUAGAAAUUUGUUUAAAAAGGUGUAUUUGAUUCUAAAUACGCAUCAAAUCCCUAUUGAAGCACUGCAGACUGCUUUAGUGUAUUUAGGACAGACUGAUGUUGAUUUGGAUGAAACAGAAUGUAUUGUUGCUAAUCUUAUUUAUGAAGGGAAAAUUAAAGGAUACAUUUCGCAUCAACAUAGGAAGGUUGUUGUUAGUAAACAGAAUCCAUUUCCGCCACUUACAAGUCUAUCAUAAUUAAGUUUUUAUAAGUUUGUAUAAUUCGUCGUUCUCUACCUGCAUUGUAACUAUUUUGUAAUUGCAUAUGAAAUAAACUGUUAAAACUA